AUUGACUUAUGGUCCUACCUUAAUUUAACAUUAUAAUUGACACAUGCACGAAUCUUUAAAGGGUCACUGGCUUACAUAUGAAACUUGACAGGUUUUGCAGUACUACCUGUCGCGACUUAUCAAGGUCUAAGCUAACUAAGCUAACUCUAGAAUCAUGGAUAACAUUACUAUUUUCGGUCAAGCAGACAAACACUUGCAAAGAACGGUUGAACUCCUCCAAAAAAACAAUGUCAGGGUUGUGAUACGCGAUGAGCAAGAACUCAACGCUAUUCGUAUUCGUGAAGAAAAACGAAGGGCUCAAGCAAUAGCUGCGAAAAAACUACAGGCAAACCGUAUGGGAAAAGGAAAACAAAUGGCUACAUGUGCGGACAAGCGGAAAGAUAAUGCCUUGGUUGAACUUCGUCAACAUAGAAAUGGUGGAGUUGUGAUCCGCGAUGAGUUAGAACUUCAUAAUCGUCAAGAGGAACGAAAUGCUAAAGCAAAAGUUGUGGAAAAACGAAAGGCAAACUCUAUUGGCAAGGGGAAACAAAAGUCUACAUGUUCGAACAACGGAAAAGAAAAUGUCUCGGUUGAUCUUCUUCAUCAUAGAAAUGGAGUUGUAAUCCACGAUGAGCUUGAGAUUCGUAUUCGUCAGGAGAAAAGAAGGGCAGAUGCAAUAGCUGUGGAAAAACUGAAGGGAACCUCUAUGGGUAAGGGAAAACAGACUGGAACAUAUGCAAAUAGGGGCGAAGAAAACUCCAAGGCACUCAAUGAUAAUUUUAUAUCGAGAGCAACAUUAGCCCAACGUGCACGACGAGAUCGAGAAAAUAGAUUACAACAAUGCACUGCGAUUCCCCUUGGACAAUGCUUGCGAGUAGACCCUCCACAAAAGCGACAAUGUCUGCAAAAUCUACAACAGAAUGCACUACAUGCAAAAUCCACGGAUUGGGAGGAAAAGGCUAUGGAGCGAAAAAGGAUCAAUUCAACUAGAUUGCGUCAUUGGCUGUCAAAUAGUAUUGUGGUUCAUGCUUUGAACUGGUACAUAGAAGUUGAUACUCAAACCUUUUGGAGAGUCAUGGAAAGGAAGUUUAAGCCUCUCAAUUCCAGAGGAGUCUAAGCUUUUCUUAGAAAGAGAACGUCUACAUGCAUAUGGAAUUUUGUGAAGCAGGCACAUAUUUUUUGACAAGGAGACCCUAUUUAUGACUCUCUUUUGUGAAGUCUUCUAACCUAGGGGUGUAGUCAAUGGGAAGCUGCUUUUUGUAAAGGCUUUUGACAAUAGUGGUGUAUAUCUUUGUUUUGUCAUUUCCCGUACAAAUUGAAACAGUAUUUUACUGUCUGUACUCAU